UGAUCCGCCCACCGACCGGUAACGGCUCCAGUGAUCCACUAAUAACCCACACCGAGCUUAAAGAGCCCCCAAUUCAUGAGAUCUCAUCACAGACGAAGAAGAUGGAAGCUCUGAUCUCUCAGUUCGAAAUCCUCUCGGACCGAGCUCUGUGCGACAAGAGCUUCGAUCCGCACGCGAUUGAAGAUGUCAUGAAGCUCUUCGAGCUUGAUGCGUACAAGGCAUGGGCGGCCUCGGAGCUCGAGCAGGAUGAACAAGUCAUAGAGGCGGAGACUCACAUGGAUAAGGCGGAGGACCAUCUCCACUCCGUCAUGGACAGCGCCAUGGAGGAGCUCCGGCGGUUCGAGGAGGAGAUGGAUCGGAUGGCGCAGGCGGAACUAGAGAGCCUGGUCGGCGCGGCGGAGGAGGCGAGGACUGCCGGGAAGACAGCGGAGAUGGCGGCCGCUGCCUCUGCGAGGAAGUACAUAGAAUCUGCCGUCAGUUCUGCCGCUGCUUCCAUGAGAUCCGCCGUCAAGGCCGUUUCUUCUCAUUCCAAAAAGGUUCAUCCUUCUUGAAGGAGAUCAAUCGAUCGAUUAUGUAUUUCCAUCUUAUUGUGAUCAUCGAACAAUAAUGAAUAGCUUCGCUUAUCAUAAAUGAAGAUCUGGAUCCAUUAAAAGCGAGAUUUUAUUUCAAAUCGAAGCUAUGAAUUUGGGUUUCUUAUUGAGUUGGAUCUAGCAAUUCAAUUUCUGCAAUGGGCGGGGGGGACUUGAGCGAAAUGAAUCUGUUUUCAUCUGUUCAUUUGCUUCUUUUGUAUAAUACUUCCUUCCUGGCGAUGGAUGCCACUGUCCAUGAUCAACCAUUAAGCGAAAUUGUGCCAAUCAAAAUUUCAACACAAA